AUGGGGAAAACAGAUACCACACCGGGACUGAUGGCGAGAACAGAUACCACACUGGAGACAGAUGGGGAAAACAGAUACCACACCGGGACAGAUGGGGGAAAACAGAUACCACACCGGGGACAAAUAGGGAAAACAGAUACCACACCGGGGACAGAUGGCGAGAACAGAUACCACACCGGGACUGAUGGCGAGAACAGAUACCACACUGGGGACAGAUGGGGAAAAAUAGAUACCACACCGGGGACAGAUCGGGAAAAACAUAUACCACACCGGGAACAGAUGGGGAAAACAGAUACCACACCGGGGACAGAUAGGAAAAACAGAUACCACACCGGGGACAGAUGGGAAAACAGAUACCACACCGGGGACAGAUGGGGAAAACAGAUACCACACCGGGGACAAAUAGGGAAAACAGAUACCACACCGGGGACAGAUGGCGAGAACAGAUACCACACCGGGACUGAUGGCGAGAACAGAUACCACACUGGGGACAGAUGGGGAAAAAUAGAUACCACACCGGGGACAGAUCGGGAAAAACAUAUACCACACCGGGAACAGAUGGGGAAAACAGAUACCACACCGGGGACAGAUAGGAAAAACAGAUACCACACCGGGGACAGAUGGGAAAACAGAUACCACACCGGGGACAGAUGGGGAAAACAGAUACCACACCGGGGACAGAUGGGGGAAACAGAUACCACACCGGGACAGAUGGAGAAAACAGAUACCACACCGGGGACAGAUGGUGAGAACAGAUACCACAUCGGGGACAGAUGGGGAAAACAGAUACCACACUGGGGACAGAUGGGGAAAACAGAUACCACACCGAGGACUGAUGGGGAAAACAGAUACCACACCGGGGACAGAUGGCGAGAACAGAUACCACACCGGGGACAGAUGGGGGAAAACAGAUACCACACCGGGACUGAUGGGGAAAACAUAUACCACACCGGAACAGAUGGCGAGAAAAGAAACCACACCAAGGAGAGAUGGGGAAAACAGAUACCAUAA